AUGGGAGGCGGCAACCGUCCUGUAAAUGCGCCGAAUCCCAUUCCGCCGCCAGCAACAGCCGGCCCCCAUGGAACCAACGCGGGAGGACAGUCGAUGCCGAGUGCAAUCCCUCGUUCUGCAGUUCGUCCUGGCAUGGGGGGAGCAGGACCCAUUCCCACGCAACAAUAUCCAAUGCGUCAACAAGAUCAAUUUCCUCAACAACAGCAACAACAGCAUCAAUAUCCCCAGAUGCAGCAACAACCCGGCAUGGGUCAGGUUCCUCUGCAAAACGUGAGCCAGGGCCAAGCCUAUCAAGGCCAGCCCUCGCACUUCCAACAACGCCCAAACCAACAAGAACAACACAUGAACCAACAGGCCCCACGCCACCGCAAACGCGAACCCUGGGACGGCGUCGUCGACCUCCGCAAUGAAAAUAUGUUCGAGGAUGACGCCCGCCACAAGCUCUCAUCAUACGUUGUCUGGCGUAUGGAAAAGGCUCAACGCCCAAAUGCGACGGAUGAGCUGGGCUAUCCAUGUCUGCCAACCUGGGAAUGCGCCACGCAUAGAGAAGAAAGGGACAUUUCCCAGCAAGCAGCAGCCCUCAGAGUGUAUGAGCUUGAUAGAGGGGGCGAUAGAGUUAUGCUUAAGAAGAAGAAACUGCCAGAGGUUGUGCAGCAACAGAUUGAGCGUGCCCAGGAAAAAUUACAAGAUCGUGAGGACGACGACAGAUAUGAGUACCACUUGGCGCAGUUGGAGAGCAAGGUUACUCGGAUUAACGAGAGUCAUCCGUUGUAUCAUGUACAUAGCUCGAGGUCAGAGAAGCACAGGAACGAUAGACACCGCAAUGAAGGACAUCGUCGGAGCAGGGAGUACAGGAGUGACAAGGCGUAUCAGGGCGACAAGAAGAAACAGGACAAGAAGUAUGAGAGGGCAAGUGUGACGGCAUACUUUGUACGAGUGCCCAAGAGAAACGAGGAUGUGAUUGAGAUGCUGAAGGAGGAGCGAAUGCCGAAGAGGCAGUCGUCCACUGCGAGGGGGCAUGGGCAGCAGCAUCACAUGCCCAUGGGCAACAUGACGGAUGCUUACACGGUGCAGCAGGAGCAGCCGAGAAUGAACAUGCCACCGGCGCAGCAGCACACGAAUGCGAAUCCAGCAAUGCCACAACAGUUUCGACCAGCGACGCAACAGCAACAGCCGCAGCCGCAGCCGCAGCCGCAGCAGCAGCAACAUCAACAUCAACCUCAAACUCAACCUCAACCUCGCCCGCCGCAACAUCCCCAACAGCAGCAAUCGUCCCCAUUCCGUCAACAACCACCACCACCUCCUCCUCCUCCUUCUUUCCCUCCCCAAGGCCAGCAAUUUCCCCGGCCUCCAGCAGCACCACAGCCGCAAGUAAACCAGCAGCCACCGUCGAGGCCCAUGCCGCCCCAAGUGCCGCCUCACAUGCCACCCCAAAUGCCACCGCAACAGCAGCAACACCCGCAACAACAACGGCCUUCACCACCCGUACCUCAAAUCCCUAGGAAUCUCAACAGGGCCCCGGUCCCAGGCCACCAAAGUCGCCCCAACACGCCUCACAACCCGCGGUCCUUCACACCCAACCGCGACAUCCGACCUGGCGGCAAGCAGCGCGCCCACCAGGCCUACGCAAAAUCCCCUCCCAGUUCACGCAGCUCCCGGGACUCCGUCACGUCCUUCGAGAGCGGCUACUCCUCCGACGAAGGGGGCUACACAACGCCCCAGUCGUCAGUCGCCUCUGGCAGCCGGCACCACCGCACCAGGCGCUCCCCGUCCAAGCCCCGUCACGGCCGUCGAGACCGCCCUGAGCACUUCGGUGUCGACUCCCCUCCGCAGAGGCAGCAUUCCAAGCAACACAAGGACCACGCCAUGCCGCCCUCGCCGCCGUCCACCUCGUCCUCUUCGCGGCAGCCCGCGUUCGAGUACUGCCAGAGGUGGUACCAGAUGGGAAAGGAGGAUGGCAUGCAGCAGAGCCGCCCCGUGGUCGUGCAACCCCCUUCCCCGCGGGCCGUCCCCCCACACAGGGUGAGACAGGCUGUCCACCGGGAACAGCUGGACGACUUGGCCUACGAUCUAGAGCAAGUGCGCAUCGCGGACCAUCUUCGCGGAGAACGAAACUACAAGAGGGACAGGGAUCCCUAUUACCACUCUGCAGAGGAUGACUUCUAUGGAGGGAAGAGAUAUCCGAGCAGAGCAUCCCGACGGGAUAUCGUGGAUGACGAAUACGACGACGACUUUGGGGAACGACGGGGGACAAGAUGUGCGAGCAGAAUGUCCAGACGGGAUAUCGUGGACGAUGUAUAUGAGGAUGAUGAUCGGUGGGCGUCGCCGACGGCCAGGUACAAUCCCAUGAUGUCGACAGGCGGCUAUCGACCCACCACCCGGCCGUAUUAA